AAAAAAUACCACACAACAACUCACUGGUGCUGCAACAUUAUUCAAUUUUCAUAAUGGAAUCUCACAUGUGCGCAGGUACUCUAUAAAAAAAGGCGCAAACUCGUAAGGAUAAGCAUUACAAAGCCAAACAGCUAUAGCCUCCUCAGUCCUCUGCUGAAAAAAAAAAAGAAAAAAAAUGAAUCCGACAAAAUCAAAAUCCACAAGAAACAACUCCAGCUCUCUUGUGGUUCUUGCUCUAUUCUUGCUUCAACAAAGCCUUCCUCAUAAUCUCUUUCUUGUUGAGGCUACUUCUACUAAAGUUCACAUUGUGUUCUUAGGAGAGAAGAUGCAUGAUGAUCCUGUAGCAACUAAGAAGUCUCACUAUAAGAUGCUAUCUGACUUCUUAGGGAGCAAGGAAGCUGCGAAGCAGUCCAUUCUCUACAGCUAUAGACAUGGCUUUUCCGGGAUUGCUGCAAGAUUAACAGACGCGGAGGCCAAAGCUAUAGCAAAAAUUCCUGGAGUUGUGAAAGUAAUUCCAGACUACAUUGUCAAAGCUCAUACGACUAGAAGUUGGGACUUCUUGGGAGUCCCUCACAAAUAUUCGCCACAAAGUCCUUUAUCUAACAAUCUGGGGCAAGGAACUAUUAUUGGUGUGGUUGAUUCAGGUGUAUGGCCAGAGUCUGAAAGUUUUAAGGAUGAUGGCAUGCCUCCAAUCCCAAAACGCUGGAAAGGCAUCUGCGAAAAGGGCCAACAAUUCAACAGCACAAAUUGCAACAAGAAAAUCAUUGGCGCUCGGUGGUUCGUAAAAGGAUUUGUUGAAUCACAUCAAUUAAACAAAAGUGGAGUCAAAGAUUAUCUAUCGGCAAGGGAUAUUGGUGGGCAUGGAACUCACACAGCCUCAACUGCCGCUGGGAAUUUUGUGAAAAAUGCAAACUAUAAAGGACUGGCAGCGGGAGUGGCGAGAGGCGGAGCGCCUCGUGCUCACUUGGCGAUCUACAAGGCCUUGUGGGAAAGUGGAAGAGGCGCUUCAUCUGAUAUUCUAAAAGCAAUCGACAAAGCCGUUGACGACGGCGUUGACAUCAUAUCCGCCUCUCUUGGCUCGACCGUUCCUCUUCUGCCUUUGGAUAAGGAUCUAACUGCAUAUGCUGCUCUCUUGGCCACUGCAAAGGGCGUAACCUUUGUUGCAGCGGUCGGGAAUGAAGGUCCCGUCUCGCAAACUGCUUCAGACGCCUUUCCUUGGACCAUAAGUGUUGCAGCCACCACAAUUGACAGAGCCUUCCCAACGGCCAUUACCCUUGGAAAUAACCGCACUUUCUGGGGCCAAGCCCUUUCUUUUGAAAAAACUACAAAUGCUUUUGCUCAACUGAUAUCGUCCCAAUUCAUACUUGCAGACAAUGCUACCUCCUCGAAAUGUUUGCCUGGAAAUCUGAAUUCCACAUUAACAAAAGGGAAAAUAGUGCUUUGUUCGUCAUUAUCAAGUGACAUAAAAGUAAUGAACGUAGUUUAUGCAUCAGAAGCUGUACGUAUAGCAGGAGGAGUUGGCGUCAUACUUGCACAGCCAUACUCUGAUCUGAAUUCAGAAUGUAGAAUUCCAUGUGUUGAAGUUGAUUAUACGACAGCUGCAAAAGUCUUCAACUACGUUGUCACCGCAAGUUCUCCAACUGCAAAGUUAAGUUAUCCAAAAACAGUUACAGGAAUAUUGCCAUCCCCGAAAGUAGCGACUUUCUCAUCCAGAGGACCUAAUUCCUUGAUCCCGGAAGUUCUCAAGCCGGACAUAGCCGCCCCGGGAGUGGAUAUCUUGGCUGCAGUACCAGGAGGUAAAUAUGAAUUUAUGUCAGGAACUUCAAUGGCAUGUCCACAUGUAUCAGGGAUUGUAGCUCUCAUCAAAUCUGUUCAUAAGGAUUGGUCUCCUUCUGCCAUAAAAUCAGCUCUUAUCACUACUGGGUCUCAAGUUGGAACAGAUGGAUCAUACAUAUACGCAGAGGGUCCAAAUCGUAAACUUGCAGAUCCAUUUGACAUGGGUGGUGGCCUAGUUAAUCCUGAAAAAGCAUUGGAUCCGGGUCUCAUUUACAAUGUCACUAUAGAGGAUUAUUAUCAAUUCCUCGUCUCAAUAGGUUUCGUUGAUGCAUCGAUUUCGGUUUUAACCGACAUGAGUAUAAACAAUUCCAAUCGAAAAGGCUUCUCUGCAUUGGAUUUAAACCUUCCUUCUAUAACAGUCCCAAAUCUGAGAAAUGGGGAGAAAGUAAUAGUGACAAGAACUGUGACAAACAUUGGAGAUGUAAAUUCAGUGUAUAAGGCUGUGAUCGAGGCUCCUCCAGGCAUAAAAAUAACGAUUGAACCUCAAAGUUUGGGGUUCAAUUCAACCAUUAAAAGCUUGUCGUUCAAAGUUAGCUUCUUCUCAAAUCAAAAACUGCACGGAUAUUACAAGUUUGGGAGCUUAACUUGGAGCGAUGGUAAGCAUCUUGUGAGGAGUCCUAUAGCGGUUCGUGUCAUCGCAUUUAAAUCAUUUUCUGAUGAAUAAAAUGUCACAAGUUUAUUAGUACAUUAAUAUGAGGCUGAUUUUACCGUGUGGUUUGGCUUGUUUAAGGAUUGUGUUUAUCUCCCUUUAUCUUGUUUUGGACUUUGUCGUAUGUAUGGCCUUUUAUUGAAAAAAUAAAUAAGUGUUUUUGUAAUUAC